UCAGACGUCGCUGCAGAGAUAAACUUGUCUGCAUUCAAAGAGUUCAUAGAAUUAAGUCAUGCAUAUGAGUGGUGCGUGGGUUUGACGGUUUCAAUGAAAGUCGUACAGGAGAAGAACUACUCGGACAUCAUGGCGUCGCUUUGAAAGUCAUUGUUUUAAAACAAAAAAAAAGUCUUAGAAGAAACCGCUAUUGUAUGUUUUUCUUUUUGAGGUUUUAAUUACGCAUUAAUUACGCAUCAGAGUGGAACCUAAACAGCAAGACGUGGAGACGCAAAAUCGACCAGGGGAACCAAACUGAACGUCCAGGAGCGAAACUAACCGGAUCAUCAGCCGAUCAGAACCUGAUGUCCUCCUGGUUCCAGUCCCUGAAGGAGGACUUCGUUUUGAGGCCGUUUGAGACGCAGCACACUCCAUGAAGCGGGGGAAGAUAGCAUGGGGAGGCGGCUUCGGAGGUGGCUACAGCAACGACAGUGUUGCCAUGGCGUCGGAACCUCCAGAUGUGAUGACCAAUCAGGAGCCAGUUGAGGUUACGGAAGAAUGCUCAAAAAAAAAGAAGUCAAAGUUCCAGACCUUCAAGAAGCUGUUCGCCAGGAAGAAGAGGAAAGACGGCCCCGCCCCCGGGGAGGAGGCGGGGCUUACCGCCAGCCAAUCGAGCGAUAACGUCAACAGCGCGCUCGAGGACGAGACGCUUGCUCGUGCCGAGAAUGAGAAAGGCUCUGGCCCCCAUCGUAGCGGCAAAUCCAACCACCGGUUUGGAGUGAGGAUGAGGAUAAAUAUGUCAAAGCUCAGCCUGGGCAGCAAGGCCAGGUCACAUGACUCCAUCUUCGUCUCUGAUUCGCUGGAACCCCUGGAGGCUCUGGAGGCGUCGCAGGACAGUCUGCACGGCAAGGUCAAGUCUCUACAGCUCCAGCUGAAGAGGGCCAUCGGUCUGGGCCCCAAGAAGGGGGCCGAUGACGCGGGGACGGUGUCGGAGGAUGACGGUCUCCCGUGCAGCCCGCCCGAGUACUCCACGUCGCACGCCGCGCUCGCCAAGAGGAACAGCUCCGUCAGUCUGGAGGGGAUGGACAGCGAGGACGAGCAGUUGUCCCGUGAGGCCUCCAGCAGGGCCGGGAGCCCCCUGGUGGUGGUUCCGGGGGACUUCAGCCAGCCAGCCAGCCCCUUCAGCUGCCUGGACAACUCGGCCUCCAAGCACAAGCUGGGCCUGCGACACAAGGCCUGCAACAAGAGGAAGCCCGCCACGAGAGCGGAGAUCAGACCCGCGGGGGAGACUGAGGCCCAGGAAAACCCCAGCAGACCCCCAGGGGAACGACCCGAGGACCAGGACAAAGACAGCACAGAUACGAGCAGCAAUCGGCUGUUAGUAAAGCAGGAGGGAGAGGAGGAGGAGGAAGAGGAGGAGGAGGAGGAGGAGAACCAGAUGAAGGCGGAGACAGGAGAGGAGGAGGAGGAGGAGGAGGAGGAGGAGACCCAGAUGAAGGCGGAGACAGGAGAGAAGGAGGAGGCGAAACCACCACAGCACUCCAAACACUCCCAGCUGCAAGAUGCCAGGGAGGAGGAGCAAGAGGCGGAGCAAGAGGAGGAGCAGCAGCUGGAGGCGGAGCAAGAGGAGGAGCAGCAGCUGAAGGAGGAGCAAGAGGAGGAGCAGGAGGAGGAGCAAGAGAAAGAGCAGCAGGAGGGGGAGGAGGGAGCUAUCCAGGAUGUGGUGUGUUCCCCUCCUGUCCCCCGUGUGAGGACGAAGCUGCCCCCAUCCUCCUCCCCCCCCACCUCCUCCCCCCCCCCCCACAGCGCGUCAGCAGAGCCCCCUGCUGGCCCGACGGAGUGCCUGCUGAACCCCCUCGGCUCCAACGACGGGGCCACGGAAAGCGACAAACUCCUCCUGGGAGGUGGAGAGGAAGACGAGGAGGAGGAGGAGGAGGGGGCGGAGCAGGAAGAGGAGGAGGAGGAGGGCUCAUUCCUGCAGGAGGUGCUCAGCUCGUUGAGGGAGAGCCCCCUCCACUCCUCCCUGGCAGGGAGCACCUCCUUCGGCCUGGAGAAGCUGGCAGCGGAGGAGGAGGAGGAGCAGGGGGAGGGGGAGGAGCUAGAGCAGGAGGGGGAGGAAGAGGAGGAGCUCUGUGACGACAGAGUGGAGGCCAGGAUGGAGGAAGGAAACGCCAUGGCAGAGGAAGAACGGGAGGAGGAGGAAGUGGAGGAGACAGUCUGUCACAGAGAGCCUCCCUCUGCUCCUGCUGUUCCACAAACAGAAGAAGGGGAGGGGCCUGCCCCUCUUGACCCCGCCCCUUCCUGUCCCACUGUAGGUCCCGUCGGGGAAGAGGAGGACGGACGGACGGAAGAGCAGGAGGACGAGAUGAUGGAGCAUUCUGGACUUCAAGGAGAACAGGCGACCGAGAACACGGAGGCUGAGGAAGCCGCGCCAGAGUCACCCCCCGCAGGAGAAGAGGAGGAAGAUGAGGGGGGAAACACCGUCCAGUCCGGCGAGGAGGAGAGACCGCAGGCGACAGAGGUGCAGCAGGAGAAGAGCGGAGUGAGGCCGCAAGAACUCCAACCCGACGAUGACAUCAGCGACCAGGUGGCAGAGAACGAGGGAGAGACGGACCGGGUGGAACCGGAGGAAACGGAGCUGGAGAAGGAGUGUGCAGAGAGGAGAGAGGAGGAGCAGGAGGAGGAGGAGCAGGAGGAGGAGGAGGAGGAGGAGGAGGCCGAGAGGCAGAAGGAGGGAGAUGGAGUCGCCGCAGCGCACAAUGCAAUGGAAGACGAAGAGCAGGCCGAGGAAACGUCGCCUCCGGCGUCCAUGGCGGUGGAACAGGAGGCUGUUGUCGGGGGCGCUGCUGACGCCGUUCUGUCGGCCUCUUCGACGGCGCAGCGAGGACACGCCCACCCGGCGUCUGACCCGGCGCCCGCAGCCACUCCGGGAGAGCAGAACGCCUCCCGGCACAGCUCUGGAGGAGGAGGAGGAGGAGGCGAGGACGAGACCCUGACGGAGGACGGAGACAUUGAGGAGAUGGAGCUGAGUGCGGACCGAACGCCCGACGUGGAGACAGAGGGAGCGCACGCCCGGGCACACGCUACAGGCGGCGUCCCGGCGUCCGUCGAAGUGGACCGACCGGACGCCGGCGGGGAAGAAACCCUCGUCGUCACGGCGACCCAGGGGGACGCGGUCCGCAUGGAAACGGAGCAGGAACCGGAGCCGGCCUGCCCCGUCCCGCCCUCCCGGCCCCCCAGCGCUCCGUCUCAGGGCGACGCCCACGUGGAGAGCGAGCCGGAGGGCGAGAGCGCCCCGGCGGUCGAAGCGGCCCCGGCCGCCGACGACGCCACCUCAGCCGUCCCGGAGGCCCGCACGGACGCCACGCUCACCGCCAGCCCCUCGCUCCGUCGCUCAGAGGAGGUCGUGUCUCCUCCUGAUGAGGUCACAGAGGUAACGGCGAGGGAGGAGGAGCAGGAGGAGGAGGAGGAGGAGCAGGAGGAUAAGGGGGAGGAGCAGGAGGAUAAGGGGGAGGAGCAGGAGGAGAAGGGGGAGGAGCCAGCCGCUCUUCUUGACCCCCGGGCGACCGUAGAGCCGAGGACAGACGGACAGACGGCGGUGGAUCAGGAAGGACCCGCAGACGACAGCGGAGACACGGGAGGGCUGACAACCGACGAAGAAGGCGACCGGGAGAGGGCAGAGGGGGAGUCGCCGCGGCGGUCCUCCGUCGGCCUCGCGUCCGUUGCCAUCGAGACGGAGCCCAGACAGCCGCCGCCCGCCGACAGCACUGAGCGGGGGGGGGUGCACUUCACCAUCGCCUCCGCCCGGCAGAGAUCCCUCUCCGGAGGAGGAGGAGGAGGAGGGGAGGGGGAGCGGGCAAACGAGAGCUCCGUCACAAGCCCCCAACCCUCCUCCCCUAUUCCCCCCUCCCCCUUGGAGUCUGGCGACAGGCCGGUCGUGGCGGCGGCGGCGGCGGCGUCCAGAGCGGGACGGGUGAGCGUGUCGUCGGCAGAGGUGACCCUGAGCCCCGUCAGUCCAAGGACCCCCGCCGGCCCCCCGACCAAACCCCGUUCCUCCUCCACGUCAGCCCCUGACGAGGGGGGCGCUCCGGCCAAGGGGAACCCUGAGAGCCCGUUCGGGGUCCGGCUCAGGAGGACGGCGGCGGCCCCGCCCCGUAGCGGCGAGGAGGCGGGCCCUCAGUCUCCCCCGUCAAACCCUGAGCCGACGGCCCAGCCAAUGGACAACAAGGCGGUCGCUUCUCCACCAAUCAGUGUGAAGCCUUGCCUGAUUCAGCCAAUCAGCAUUAAGCCCGCCCUGCCCAAGAAACCAGAAGUCCAAUCACGAGCUUUGGGUGUAGAAGCAACCACAGGGCGUGGUGGUUCCAGUGGUCCCAGCGGUACCAGUGGUUCGAGCAGUUCCAGUGGUCCCAGUGGUCCCAGUAACCCCCCCAGCUGGAUCUCCAUGGCCCGACAGAAAUCUAAAGUCUACAAGGACACAUCACUGGACGACGCCUCCAGUGCUGCAAAGGAGGAGUCAGAGAGGAAGUCGUCCCUGCCGUCGUACGUCAGCUCAGCCGCCAGUAGGGAGAGCAGCAAGGCACCCUCCUCCACGGGCAAAGUGACUUCAACAGAGGCGGCCAAAGUUGUGUCCCCCAUGGAGAAGGACUCGAGGAAAUCUCUCUCGACCCCCUUACCGGUGCCCGCCCAGACCUCCAAAGCCCAGCCCCCCAAAGCCCAGCCCCCCAAAGCCCAGCCCCCCAAAGCUGAGACCCCCCGAGCCCAGACCCCCAACGCCCAGAUCCCCACAGCCCACCCCCCCACCGCCCAGACCACCAAAGCACAGACCCCUCCCUGCCCCAUCACCCCUAAACCCUACUCCCCGUUCUCCAGCGGCGCCCCAAAGCCUUUGAACCUCCCGACCCCCUUCAGAAAACCCCUCUGCCCCCCUACCCCCGUCCCUGCCAUCUCCCGGGUCACCGGCCCCCCGGCCCCCCCCUCCAAAGCUCCCCUCUCCCCCCCUAUCCCCGUGCCCGCUGCCCCCCGGAUCACCGGCCCCCCGGCCCCCCUCUCCAAAGCUCCCCUGCCUCCACCCGCCGCCCCCCCAGCGGUGAAGACCUCUGUCCCACAAAGCCCCGCCCCCGCCGCUGUCCAGCGACCCGCCGCCCCGCCCGCCGCCCCCCCCGCCGCCUCGCUGCCCCCCCCCACCUCGUCCAAACCCACCGCUGCCUCCCGGGCUGCGGCGACGGUCCCGGGCCCCCACCCCAUGGCCCCGCCUCGGGGCCAGCCGGUGGCCGGCGCGUCCCCCCCCCCCCCGGGCCUGCCCCAGGACGAGCCCCCCUGGAUGGCCCUGGCCAAGAAGAAGUCCAAGGCCUGGAGCGAGAUGCCUCAGAUCGUGCAGUAGGGCGGGCUCAGCGGUCGGACAGUCCAGCUGAAGAGACAGACUGUGUAGAAGGCGACCUGCGUGAGUGUUUGAAGGUUCAGGGCUGGGGGGGAGAGAGUCGGUCCGUGGACCAGGAUGCUUUUGCACACCCAGACCAGUUGAUUAGUUUAUCCCUGCUGGUUUGUUUGCCGGCUUGCUGCGAUCGCUAACAAACCCACUGAACAUGCCAAAAACUAAAAAUCAUCCUUCUAUUCCUCCGAUCAGUUUUGCAAAUCAGUCUUUCGUUUUUUAUCUUGACCAAAUCUGGUAAUUCUUGUGGACCCGCUUCCGUCAGAACAGCGCACUUGAGAGUGAUUUAAUUCAAUAAUCUGUAUAUGCCUCCUAUACGCUUUGGGUUUGGUUUGGUUAUAGAUCUUGUUGUGAAAGGCUGACCCACGCUUAAGAGAGACCUGUAAAUAGUCCACAGCUCCUGUCUAUGUUAGAUCGGUUAGCUUCCAGAAACCGCACCCCGAAUCUCUUUCUUUAUUAAAAGAGAUUUCUGCUAGCGACACAGUGCAAAUUAAAGGGGCAAGAGUGGCUCUUAAACAUGCUUUUUAUCUCACCGGAUGUUUGUUUUAAUACUAAAGAUACCCUUUUCCAGAAGGGUAAACUGUGUUUUACUCUGGGUUAAUACCAUUGAGAUGACUCUCAGUAAAUAGGUCAUUAGGGUCCUAGAGAUAAGACAAAGGGUGAUGGUUUCAAAGCUGUAAAAGGGCAUAUGGACUACCAUGUUUGAAACUCUUAUGGCCGUCUUCUUCUUCCUUAUUCAUCUAUCACUUCUAACAUAUUCAGAGGACACCUCACUAAUGCACUAGUGCAACAGGGUGCACAUUGUCGUAAGUUAUGUAUGUUGUUUUGUUUUGAAUCUUGUUUGUUGGAUUGAAAGACAACCCUCUCCACUUGUCCCAUCGUAUUGUACGGCGUAAAUGUGUUCUGAACACACGUAACGCCUUGUUCUGAUGAAACAUCAAAACUAGGUUGAUAGUGUAAAACAUUGUAUAAAUCAAUUGUCAGAAACUACUGCCAAAAACUAAAUCAGACAUUAUUCACAAAUCAUGAAAUAACGGCGUCUCCUGAGCAAAAGAUGUCGAUACAAAAAGUUAUUUUUGUACUACCGAUAACUCUUUUUCACCACCUAAAUAUUAAUGUUUAUGAAUUGUAUCUUUUGUUGCCUUUAAAUGUUUUCCUUGUAAAUAACAGAUUUUCAGUAAAGAACGACUCAACCACA